UAGCUGUGGUACACUCAGGCUAACAACAACAGUACGCUGAGUGACUUUUGUUGAGGUAUAUAUUUCACAUUAAAAUCUAUUAGCCACGUUUACAUUUAAAGGAUCAAAUGUACAACAUCACUGCAGGAUGUUCGCUGAUUUCUUUGAGAGUAUCACAUAACCUGACCGUUAUGAAAAGCACCGUAUUCAUUCAUUAGCUAACGUUACAUAGCUUACGUUAACUCUCAGCAGGAACGUUAGUUUAUACCCAUCAAAAACUACUAACCAAAAGCAGGCCAUGGCUCAAGGUUAUCGAAAAGAUCAUAAUCAUCAUUAUGAGUCGGUUUAUAAGAGACCCAGAGACCCGGGCAGUGAUCUGCCGAGCGAUAAACGACACCGACCGCCGCCCGCUGAAGACCGGGCUCUGAGCGCUGACCGCCGGCUAUACGAGAGACAUUUUCCGCUGUACAAGCAGCCGCUGGAGGUGGGCUGUUUUUCGCUGGACGCCCGCAGAAACUUCUUCAACGACCACAGGCAGCUACGGUAUUAUGUGGAGCCCCGGAGGAGCCCGGACUUCAACCUCAGAGACGGAUACACGAGCCGGUUUAUAAAGAGAGAUGAUGGCGUGAAGGAGAAGCUGGACCACAUGCUGAGGUGGAUCCUGGAGAACAAACACAAGAUGCAAAACAGCAACUCCAGCAGCUGUGCUCUGGGUGUGGAUUUCGUCACAUGGAGAGGACACCUGACCAAAGUGCUGACCACCCCAUACGAGACCCAGGAGGGCUGGAUGAUGGCAGCGAGCAGGUUCAGAGGCAGCAUCUACAUCAGCGAGGUGGAGACGGAGCAGGCGAGAGUGAGCCGAGAGACGCGCUCCGAGCGGCAGGAGGAGAUGAUGUACUGGGGAUACAAGUUUGAGCAGUACACAUGCGCAGAUGGUGCGGAUGGGACUCCAGACCCGGGAGGUGUGGUGAACACCAACGAGGCCUUCUGUACGGUGGUUCAAACACGUCUGGCUGACCAUAAGCUGCUGUUUUCUGGAGAGGUGGACUGCCGCCUCAAAGACCCCGAUGCUCCUCCGGCGCCGGGAUGUUAUGUGGAGCUCAAAACUUCAGCGGAGAUCUGCACCCCCAAACAACAGAGCAACUUCCACAGGUACAAGCUGCUGAAAUGGUGGGCGCAGUCAUUUCUUCCUGGAGUGCCACAGAUAAUCGCUGGGUUUCGAGACCAUGAUGGGAUAGUGGUGUCUGUGGAGACCUUCCAAACCUCGAAGAUAUCGCAGAUGAUCAAGAACGAGUAUAACUGCUGGAAGCCCACAGUCUGUAUGAAUUUCUGCAACGAUUUCUUGACCUUCGUCAAAUCCGUCGUCAAAGAGGAUGACCCAAGACUGGUGUAUCUGUUUUCCUGGGAUCCACGCAGAGACGUGACGUACACCGUCCACAGAGACUCUGCACACACUUUUAUACCUGACUGGUACAUAAAGGACAUGAUGAGCCGUCCUUCAUCUGACCACUGACACACACACACACACACACACACACACACACACCGCAUGUUCAUUAAUUACACACACACACACACACACUGAAUCAAUCCUGCUUGCAUUUUCUCUGGAUUCAGCGUGUGACCCUGGGAAAGAUUGGGAUCCACGUGCACUAUUUUUUUGUAAGUAUUCUUGUAUUUCAGCUGCUUUGUUAUUUAUAAUAAUCAAUUCAUAAUGUCCUUGGGAAGUUUUUUAACAAUGUACAUUGUUAAAAAACAUUUUACAGUUCUAUAAAAUUCUAUGGGCCUUAUUUGAUGAAACAGGAGCAAAAUCAGUCUGAUGUUAUUGUCAAUUUAGGUCACACUUUACAGUAAGGUUUCAUAAGUUAAUGUUAGUUCAUAUAUUUAUUAAUAUGAAUUAAUACUGAACAGUACUUGUACAGCAUUUAUUAAUAAUUGUUCAACAUUUACUAAUGCAUUAUUAACAUCCAAAUGCAUCUCUGUUAACAUUAGUAAUGCACUGAGUUAACAUGAACUGUACUUCCAUUAACUAAUGUUAACAGAGAUGAUCAAAUACUGUAAUGUGUUGUUCAUUGCUUAGUAAAUGCGUUAACUAAUACAACCUUAUGGUACAGUGUUAGCACAAAUCUUUAUUAGUGCAUCAUGAACAGUGUUGGGGGAGUUACUUAAAAAAUCGUAAUAAUUAUGUCUGAAAAGUAACUAAAGUUACUCAAUAAGUAAUUUAAUGACUUGAUUCAACACAAUUUAAAAUUCUUUAAAUUUGAGCCAAAUAGGACCUUUAAACUUUAUUUUUUUAUAUGUAACGCAUUAAGAGUAAUACGCAUGAUAAUUAUAUGCAUCAAAACAUCUCAAAGCAAUAUUUCAUAUACUAUGUUGUCAUACAUUGCGGACUCAAUCGUCUUGAUAAAUGAAACCUUCUAUUGCUAAAAAAUAUAGUUAUUAUGCACGAUAUAUUUGUAUAACAAAAACAGAAUCGCUUAUAUAGAACUUACAGUAUAUAGUAUAUACAGAUAUAGUAUUUACCGUAUUUAAGGCAGGUGCCUUACAAGAAACAAAUUAAAUGACCUAGAAAAGAAGAGUAAUCCCUUACUUUAAUUUUUUCAGCAGAAAAUUUAUUACAGUAACCAAUUAGAUUGCCUAGAAAUGAAAAGUAAUCCCUUUAUUUCCUGGUCAUUUAAUUAGGUACUUGUAAUUAGAUUAAUUUUCUACUGAAAAAUGUUUUACUUUUUUCAGCAGAAAAGUAAUCUAAUUACAGUAACUAAAUUACCUAGAAAUAAAAAGUAAUCCCUUUAAUAUUUUUAUCAGAAAAGUAAUCUAAUUACAGUAACUAAAUUACCUAGAAAUAAAAAGUAAUCCCUUUAAUAUUUUUAUCAGAAAAGUAAUCUAAUUACAGUAACUAAAUUACCUAGAAAUAAAAAGUAAUCCCUUUAAAAUUUUUAUCAGAAAAGUAAUCUAAUUACAGUAACUAAAUUACCUAGAAAUAAAAAGUAAUCCCUUUAAUAUUUUCAUCAGAAAAGUAAUCUAAUUACAGGAACUAAUAGAAUUACACAGAAAUAAAGUAAUCCUUUUCCCAGUACUGGGUUGUGGCCGGAAGGGCAUCUGUUGCAUAAAACAGAUGCCAGAAUAGUUGGCGGUUCAUUCCACUGGGGCGACCCCUGCUAAAUAAGGGACUAAGCCAAAGGAAAAUUAAUGAAUGAAUAAAGUAAUCCUUCUUUUCUCAGCAGAAAAGUAAUCUAAUUAAAUUACCUAGAAAUGAAAAAUAAUCCCUUACAUAAUUUCCUGGUAAUUUAGUUACCAUAUUAGAUUACUUUUAUCAUUAGGGAUUACUUUUAAUUUCUUGGUAAUUUAUUUAGUUACUGUAAUUACAUUGGAGUACUUUUCUGGUGAAAAUAUAAUCUAGUUACAGUAACUAAUUAGAUUACAUAGAAUUGAAAAGUACUUUUUUUCAGCAGAAAAGUAAUGAAAUUAAAGUAAUUAAAUUACAUAGAAAUGAAAAGUAAUCCCUUACUUUAUUUCCUGGUAAUUUAUUUAGUUACUGUAAUUAGAUUACUUUUUUCAGUAGAGAUUACUGUUCAUUUCUAGGUAAUUUAAUUAGUUACUGUUAGGGUUGGGCGAUGUCAACCAAUUUGGGUACAUACGAUCGUCUAAUGCGAAACAUCAUGAUGGAUGAUAGCAUCGUUGUCGCAGGUGGCGGUGAAUUAGGUAAAUUAAUUAUUUGUAGCCUACCAUUUCAACUUCUUGACCCGCGUGGUCUUUGUUUUACCCAUAAGCAAAUCAUAAAUAAAUAAAGAGAAGUUACACACAAAUGACCACCUGUCCAUCACUUUUUCCGCAGGACUCUGGCAUGAAUAGGCAGAGUGAUCUGUGUCGGUAUAAUGGCGUUCACAAACUUGGUCGCUAAAAAAGGUGCAAAACCAACAGUAUCUGAAGUACAAGCGUUAAAGCAAAAGAUUGAAGCAGUGUACUGCCGCUGUGACAUGUUACCUGAUACAUCCUUGAUCAACUGUACAAUGUGCACUGCUCUCUGGGGUGACUGCUGGCGCUUCGAGUCAGACGCGUGCAUAGCCUACACUGCAGCGCAUGAGUGUGUGUGUUGUAGUCACGUGAUGUGUGUUUUCAGCAGUGUAGUGUGGAAAAAGGGCUGUUCAGAAAUGCUAGUUUAGACACCAGUGUGGAUUGUUUUCGUUCUGAAAUGCCAUUUUUAAAACUAAGAUGUGUUAGUGUAAACUGAGUGUGUAUUUUUGGCAAGCGGGUUGUUGCUGCGACGAGGGCGGGGCGGAGGAUCACGAUGCCGGCUCAGCAUCGUAAUGUCUAUCGGCCAUCAGCGAUGGAUAAUGGCAUCGUCAAUCGACCCAACCCUAGUUACUGUGGUUACAUUAGAUUACUUUUCUGCUAAAAAUGUAAUCAAGUUACAGUAACAAAUUAAAUUACCAGGAAAUAAAGUAAUACCUUUACCUUAUUCAGCAGAAAAGUACUCUAAUUACAGUAACUAAUUUGAUUACAUAGAACUAAAAUAAUCCUUUACUUUCAGCAGAAAAGGAAAUUACAGUAGCUAAUUAGAGGACUUAGAAAAGAGAAGUAAUCUCUUUAAUGUUACAAUCUAAUUACAGUAAUUACAUUACCUUUAAAUGAAAAGUAAUCCCUUAUUUCCUGGUAAUUUAAUUAGUUACUUGUAAUUAGAUUACUUUUCUGAUUAUUUCUCGGCAGAAAAGUAAUCUAAUUACAGUUACACUCAACACUGAUCAUGAAUAUCAGCACAAUUUAACCAAAGUGAGUAAAACAAAUCCAGUUGUGGUAAUUAUUUCCUAAAUUGUCUCCAGUCUUCUUCCAAAUGUACUUUCAGGUUAUGAUUUGUAAAAAUAAAUAAAUAAAUCACAGAGAACUCUCUCUGAGCAGGAUUUCUUCAAUCUUUAUUAGCAUUCAUAUGCAGAUUUCAAUUCAUAAAAACAUGCCAAAAAAGUGCACGUACAGUGAAAUAAUGAGUUAUAGGACAAAAUUAAAUGAUAAAAAUAUACGCUAUUUAAAAUGUUAAAACAAAAGAACUCUAGUACAAAGUUUUAGUAGCCAUUUCUUCAUGUAAACUGUUUUGUUGUCCAGUAUACGGUCUUCAUUGACACACAGCAGGUCAGACAUUCAUUUAAGGCAGAUCUGGUGUGAAUAAUCUUGUCCUCAAGCUCAUGUUUACACUAUAAUGUGUUGAAAAUGCCUUUCAUUAAUGCCGAAUUGCUAUAGCUAGCUUGUAAGUACAUGUAAAUAAAAAUGUUUGAAGUCUUUUCUUUAUAAUUGGAGAGUUAUGCUAAUGCAAUAAAUUCAACAUCCUCUAUGUA